AUUACGAAAACACUUCGGUGAGGACGUGCGCGGACCGUAUCUGAAUCACACGAUAAAAUGCUAACUGAGUGACGACGAAAACGUUUUAUUUUCACUACGAUAAAUUAAUAAAAAAAUAUUAAAAACUAUAUGUAAUACGAUACAAUAUGAUCAAAAUAUAUGAGUGAAAAAAAAAUAAAAAAAAAUUAACGUUUUUUUUUAUUAUUUGAAUUUCGUGUGAAAGAAAUUUGUGAAAAUGGAUGAGGCUUUCGCGCACAUAGAGAGUAGUGGAAAUAAGAAAAACAAAGCUGGAUGGGUUGCACCCGACGGCGGCUGGGGCUACGUCGUCAGUCUGGGAGUCGGCUUUACUUUUAUGCUGGGAUUUGGAUCUUCGAAUGCAUUCGGAAUACUCUUUCACAAUUUCUUUUUGGAGCAGGAGAGUGGCAGUGGACUACCUCUGGUUAUAGGUGUUUACAACGGAGCUUUAUCAAUAUCGGGAUUUCUAGGAGGUAUCGCUUUAAAAAAGUACUCAUUUCGUCAAGUGGGUUUGGUCGGAGCUGGCCUAUUCAUCCUUGGAGACAUACUCACAAUAUUCGUGACGAGAACUUAUCAAUUGGUUUUCACUUUUGGAGUAAUUAGAGGAGCCGGCUUUGGCGUGAUGAUCCCAGUUAGUUUUACAGCGUUCAACUCUUAUUUUACGAAGAAACGCACAACGAUGAUGAGCGCCAAUCAGACAAUGAGCAGUUUAGCUUCAAUAACAUUUCCCAUGCUUGUAACUUAUCUACUCUCUGAAUACGGAUUGAGAUGGACCUUAGCUCUAAUAAUGGCUAUAGAUUUACAUUUACUAUUUGCUAUGAUUGUGAUGCAUCCAGUUGAAUGGCAUUUAGUUAAGACAAACGAAAAUAAUACGGAAUUAACAUCAAAAUGUGAAGUAAUAAAUGUUAAAAAAGUUGAGGCUUUCGAUGAAGCUGUAGUCAAGAUGUUACCAGGUGACGAUAAAGAGUGUGAAGAGAGGGAAACAAGAGUAAAGAAACGUGAAUCUAUACAGAAGCAUAUAAUAAAGACGAUAUAUGAGAAUAUCGAUUUAGAUCUUCUAAAGGAUCCCAGGUUUGUCAGUACAUUAGUCGGCGUGGGUUUCGCUUUCGUUUCUGAUGUCACAUAUUUGGCUAUGGAACCAACGUUACUGUUCUCGUAUAAAUUUACUAAGAUUGAAGUAGCAUCAUGUGUAAUGGUGGGAGCGGUUUCCGAUCUCUUAGCUAGAUUCGGACUGGCAAUAUUUACAUACUUCUACGCAGUCGACAGUAGACUCUUAUUCUUUAUUGGGACAUGUGUCACAGUAUUCCUGCGCAUUGCGUUAGUGACUUCAUCCGAAUUAUGGUUCGUGUUUGCCGUAACAGCUAUAUCAGGGCUCGUCAGAUGUUCAGUACAAGUUCUGUUCCCGCUAGUACUUAUUAUGGCAGCCCCUGAUAGAUUCCCGGCUGCAUUAGCUCUCCACAUAUUGUUCUCUGGAGUUUUAAUGUUAAUAGCUGAUCCUUUAAUUGGGGUCCUCUACGAAGAAACAGGAAGCUACGUGUAUUGUUUCUUGGCAAUGAGUUUUUGUUGUUUAUUAUGUGUUGUUUUAUGGACUACUGAGUACUUUGUCUAUCGUACAAAUCGUAAUGCUAAUUAAUUUAGUUACAGUGAUUUAUUUAAAUACCAAUAUAAAACCAAUAAGUGUAUUGGUAAUAAUAUUAAAUAAAUAAUUACAAAUUCAUGAUCGUUUUCGUUUGUAACUAUAUACUGUGUAUUAGUGCUUAAGUUACGUAUAAAAUUUAUCUCUAUGUAAUUUAAAAUACGUAUAUAUUUACAAUAUUUUGCUGUAGAUAUUGAAGAUGUGUACAGCAGUAGAUACACAGAAGAGAAGGCAAAAAAACAAACUUUAUUAAAAUUACCGACCUUAAUACAUAAUUGAUUGAAUUUUGUUUGCAUAAAAGUACAAGAUCCAUAAUCUAUUUCAUUGCUACGAUAAUAAAUUAUAAUAUUAUAACAUUUUUCAUUAAAAAUACUGUAAUUAAAUUCAUGUUAGUAAUUACUAAUGUUUUAUAAUUUCAAAUAUUGUAAUUAAGUCGACUGUUUCCUUGGGCGCCAUGUUAUUCUAUAAUAAAAGUUUACAUAUACCAUUUCAGAUAAUUAACUAAACACCACUAUAUUAUAAUCUUUAUUAGUUAAACACCGUUGAACAUACUGAGGUAUACAAUGCUUAAAAUCAUUGGAUAACCUUUGCUUCUGAGUGUAGUCCAAAACAGUAAUGAGUUAUUCCGAAUAAGUGUGAACGAUUUCUGCACAUAGGACGCGGCCGAUAAAUUAUUCUAUUAUUCCGAUUCUAUUUUUAAAAUUCUGACU